GCGUGCCUUCGGACGUUGCCGCCGCGCCUCUGCAGCAGCGUCACGGCCAUGUCCACGUCCAAUGUCCAGGUGAUCAUGGCGGCCAUCCCGGGCACCCGACAGCACAGAGAUGGCACUGCGGCUUAUGCUCGCCUUCUCUUCUUCGUGCGACAUUAAUCCUGACCGCCCGCGCACUUCUGAGACACCCCGCCAGAGCGUGUCGUGAACUCGUGUACACCGCGCUGAACUCGACCGUCUACAGACGCCAUGGACGGACACUUUGCACAGUCUAAACUGAUCUGGAGCCCACCUAGACCUUCAUACACCUCCCUGGAGGUCUUCCGGCGUGAGGUCAAUCGCAAGCAUGGAUUGAAUUUGAAAGACUUCCAUGAGCUGCAUAAAUACUCUGUCGAGAACUACGAGUUCUGGAUGGACGUUUGGGAAUUUAUUGGCAUUAUAUCCUCUGUCCCUCCGAACAAGAUAGUGGAAGAAGGGCGAAUAAAGGAGCUCCCAACAUGGUUCCCUGGUGCCAGGCUGAACUAUGCCGAGAACUUGCUGCAUCGAAGUGACGAUGGUGGUGCAUGCAUUGCUGCAAGAGAGUCGGGCGCUGUGCAACACUACACUUACCGCCAGCUUAGAGAAAUGGUCAGGAAACUAGCUGCCGCGAUGCGAGCAAACGGUGUCACGAAGGGCGACAGAGUUGCUGCGAUUGUUACCAACAGCAUAGAUGCGGUCGUGAUCGCGUUAGCGACUGCAUCCAUAGGUGCCAUAUUCUCCAGUACAGCACCUGACAUGGGCACCCAGGGUAUUCUGGAUCGCUACCAACAAAUUAAGCCAAAGGUCAUAUUCUCCGAGUCAGAGGUGGCUUGGACCGGUAAAACCUUCGACAUGGUCCCCAAAGUAUCGGAGGUUGCGAAAGCUCUCGCAACGCACGGAUUGCAGGGCGUCAUUCUGCUUCCGAGCGUGGCCAGUGUCAAAGAACUGUCGGCCGCGCAGCUGGGGAAGAUUCCGAAAAGCGUCACUAUGUCCGCUUUCCUGGCUACAGGCGAUAAUGGUCCCCUGGUGUUCGAGCAACUGCCGUUCAACCAUCCGCUAUAUAUCUUGUACUCGUCCGGAACAACUGGGCCGCCGAAGUGCAUCAUCCAUACAGCCGGGGGUGUUCUGCUGCAAACCAAGAAGGAACUCCGUCUCUCACUUGGUCUGAAUACUGACGACACGUACUUCCAAUUCACGACGACGGGGUGGAUGAUGUGGCCAUACAUGCUGCAAGGUCUUGCAUGCGGCGCACGCAUCGUAUUAUUCGACGGCUCGCCCUUCUAUCCCGACGUGCGCGACUUCCUGCGGUUCCUCAGCCGCGAAAGUGUCUCAGUGUUUGGUACGAGCCCACGCUUCCUGAGCGAAGUGCAGGGGCAGGGAAUAGAACCAUCGAAACUGGCGUCGUUCGCUGCGCUACGAGUCAUCUCUUCCACAGGAUCUGUGUUGACCCCACCGAUGUUCGAGUGGACCCAACAGGCGUUCAACCCGAAUGUCCAUCUCCUGUCCGUAUCGGGCGGCACGGACAUCUGCGGUGGAUUCGUAGGAGGCGUCGCAUCAUCGCCGGUCUAUGCAGGCGAGAUCCAGGGCAAGCUGCUCGGCAUGAAAGUCGAGAUCUUCGACUCGGACGGCAAGAACAUCGAGGACACGGGUGCCCCUGGCGAGCUCGUCUGCACCCGACCGCACCCGUCUCUGCCGCUCGGCUUUUGGGGCGAUGACUCCGGGGAGAGGGUCAGGAAGGCUUACUUCACCACAUAUCCUGGCGUUUGGCACCAGGGUGACUUCAUCGUCAAGAACCCGAAGACCCAGGGGUUGAUGAUCCUCGGGCGAAGUGACGGAGUCUUGAAUCCCAGCGGCGUCCGCUUCGGUUCAGCCGAGAUCUACUCCGUGCUCGAGGACUUCUCCGACGCCGUCGACGAUUCGCUGUGCGUUGGCCAGCGGCGUCCCCAGGACAAGGACGAGCGUGUGCUGCUGUUCCUCAAGCUGCGCCCGGACCAUCCGUUCGACGAGACACUGGUGAACCGCAUCCGCGCCGCGAUCCGGACUGCGCUCAGCCCGAGGCACGUCCCGGCGCACAUAUUUGAAGUCGAUGAGAUCCCUUAUACGGUGAACGGAAAGAAGAUAGAAAUCGCCGUGAAGCAGAUCGUGUCUGGGUCUACUCUCAAGCCGAGCGGCACGGUCGCGAACCCAGAGUCUCUCAAGCUGUACUACAAGUUCCGGGACCUCGAGGACCUGAUUCAUAGCAAUGCCAUCAAGGCAAAGCUGUAGAGCGUUGUCCAUUUCGCGUAUCGGAGGCUGACUCUGUACCGUGUUUGGUUGUAGGUUAGACUGGUCCUGGGGGGCGGCAAUGAAGUGGCUGACACGAUGGGAUAGUUGUGUUCGAUUCGCAACAGAAGUCAGAUACUGUAAGUAUGAAUAUGCGACUGAAUAGCGAGAUGUCGACUGCAUAGUGCUGCUAAGUGCACUAGCCAGGUACGGUCUUCC